GAGACAGUUUCUGUUGCUUGUACCUAAAGAGCCCUACAGUAGAACGAUUAUGAUUGGAACUGACAAACAUUCUGUUUCUUGUCUUGAUUCUGAUGUGUUUUUUUCUUCUCUUUAAAAACAAAAACGAUAAACAGCCGGAGACUGCUGCUGCUUUGAAACGCACGCUAGAAGCCCUGAUGGACAGAGGGGCGGUCGUGAGGAACCUGGAGAACCUGGGCGAGCGAGCGCUUCCUUAUAAGAUGUCCGCGCACAGUCAGCAGCAUGUGAGAGGAGGGUAUUUCUUGGUGGAUUUUUAUGCACCAACAACAACUGUUGAGAGCAUCAUGGAGCACUUGUCUCGAGACACUGAUGUGGUCAGACCGAAUGUUGUGAGGCACCCACUGACCCAGGAGGUGAAGGCGUGCGACGGGAUCGUCCCAGUCCCGCUGGAAGAAAAAUUGUAUUCCACGAAGAAGAAGAAGAAGUGAGGAGAGUCACUGAUUUCGCUGUGUUUUCAGUUCUCUCACUUCUGAGCACUGUACAUUAAUCAUUGACAAGCUCGGCCUCUGUGUAGUUGUGUGCUGCGGACGUCAUUUGAUCCCCUUUGCAUGAGACGUGGGUAAACAGCUCGGCUAGGGCCACGCUGCACAUCAGUCUUGAUUUUUUUUGUUAAUUUGUUGGUGACGACUUUUUGCCUUGUAACACCACCCCUGUUCUGUAGAGCACAACUAGCAUGGAUUGCAAGCUAGUCAUCCAGGCUGUGUAGCCAUGCAAAAAUAAAAAUCUAAAGCCACGGUAUUAUAUGAUCGACUUUUGAUCGGGGUAAUAAACCUGACUUCUAGAAA